GCCCGCGCCAGCGAGGCGGCGGCCAGGGGGGCGCUGGGCGCCGCGGAGCUGGAGAGGCGCGCGGGCGACCUCGCGGCCGAGGCCGAGCGGCAGCGGCGGGCGGCCCUGGCGGCGGAGGAGCAGGCCAGCGCGGCCCGGCGGGCGGCCGAGGAAGAGGCACAGGUCGCCCGGCGGCUUGCUGCGGAGGCAGAGGCCGCCCUCAGGGCCGCCGAGGAGGAGGCCCGGAGGGUCGAGGCCCACCGCGAGGCCGAGGAGUCGGCGGCCCGACAGCGAGCGGAGGACGACCUGCGCACGGCCGCGGAGCUCGAGGUGCUCUGUACUCACUUGGAGUUGCACCUCCCAGACCACAGCUACGGGGCCAUGCUGCAGGUGCUGAAGGACCACGUUGCCAAGGGGUUGGCGGCGGAGGCCGAGGCACAGGCAGCAGCUGCGGUGUCCAGCGAGGGGAGUGCGGAGGCCGCGGGGGAGCAGGCUGCAGCUGGCGCGGGGGGGUGCGACCAGAAGAGCCUGCAGGUACGCCGCGAGCGUUUCUGCAAGGCGCUGCUGGGCGCUGCGGAGUUCCAGGCACCCGUGGCAGCUGCGGCCCCCGCGGCAGCGGAGACGUGCCGGGCGGCCUGGGCCGCAGAGGCGGCCGAGGGCGCGGCUGCCGUGGCCGCGGAGGGGCAGCAGGCCGCCGGCCUGGCUGCGCCCGCGGCCGCCGAGGGCGGCGGGGCCGCCGGGGCGGCGGGCGAGGCGGGCGAGGCGGACGAGGCGCGCGAGAGGGAUGUGUUCGCGCAGAUCGGCGCGACGGUGAUCAGAGAGAAGUCGGACAGGUGGCCCGCCGAUGGCGCGGCCUGCGGCGCGGCGGCAGCCGCGGCGGGCCAGGUGGCCGCGGCGGACCAGGUUGACUCCUUCGCCGACUCCGCGGCGUCUCGGCACCAGUCGCUCGGCCGCGAGCUGGCCGCGAAGCGCGAGGCCCUGGGCGGGCGCCGCGCGGAGCUGCGGGCGGCCGAGGCCGCCCACGCGGAGGCCGCCGCGCGCCUCGGGGCGGCGGAGGAGGCGGCCAGGCCAGACGCCAAACUCAAGCAGGACGGCCUCGCCAAGGCGAACAGCGACAUGCAGGGCCUCAUGCGCGACAUCGAUGAGCUGAAGGUGCUGCUGAGCGACUUCUCGGGGAUCAAGUCCGAGGUUUCUGGCAAGAAGACGCCUGGGACCGUAUACAGUGCGCUGGAUUCACGGCUGAAGAAUGCAGGUGUCGAGCAGGACUUGAUCCACUCGCUGGGGCUCGUCCUGCAGAGGAGGCGGCGGAUGAAAGGCGACAUGAAGGUGAUCGACAGUGUGGAAGAGAAGCUCACCUCCCGAGGCAAGACCCAGGGUUUCCUGCUCGCCAACGUCAAAAAGGAGGUGGCGCGGUGCGAGAAGGCCGUCGCUGACGUGGCCUCGGCGAGCGAGCUGCGGGCGAAGGAGCUCCGCGGCUUCGCCGACGC